AUUGUCGUUGCUGUUGUUCAAUGCAUCUUAAUGCUGCAGGGGUCAUGAUUGGAUUGCAUCUAAUCUGUCGGGUAGGUCACCUCGCACAACCAGGGAAUUUGACCACCAUGCAGACACUUUUUUUUCUCUUGCAGGGACUCUGCUGAAUGUUUGGGGAACGCUCGAGGACGUGCAUGAAAAUGUCCCAAGACGACAUCGACAGAACGUGUUGCUCCGGCGGAAUCGUUGCCAAGGCGAACGUCCGUCUAAUCUCUGUGUGAACAUUUCAUCACCGUCACCAUGCAAGGACGGAGUCUGCUCUCUCAAGCAACAUGGAAGCAGGCACGGGACAACACCUCAUCACCUCACCGAGGUCCUCCCGCUAGGAUCCUCCCGCUGUUCCUGGCCUGCCUGUUCAUGCUGCCCUGGCCGGGCUUAGGUGGCUUAUUUCGUGUCGGGGUGGUCGGCCCCUGGGAAUGUGACCCAUUCUUCGCCAAGGCCCUCCCUGAUGUGGCGGCACAGCUGGCUGUCAACCGCAUCAACAAAGACCCCUCCCUGUCCUACGCUGCCACUUUUGACUACACCGUACUGCAUGAGCCAUGUGAGACCUCAAGAGGUCUGGAGAAGUUUGUGACUUUCCAUACCAAAGCCUCGGCUUACGUGGGACCGGCGAACCCGGGUUACUGCGAUGCUGCCUCAAUGCUGAGCAAAGGUUGGAACAAAGCUUUGUUUUCAUGGAGCUGUGUCGGCUACGAGUUGGAUCGCGUCUGGAGCCACCCGACCUUCGCCCGCUCCAUGCCCAGGCCCACCUGGGUGCUUUUACGGAUCAUGAGGUACUUCAGAUGGGCUCACGUCGGAAUCCUCUCUGCCUCGGAUGACAUCUGGGUGGAGACGGCGAGAAAGGUCGCGGAAUCCCUCCGGGCCCACGCUAUGCCCGUCAGACUGGUCAGCGUUAUGGAGAACACACCACACGGCAUCAGGAGGACUCUGGCUAAAGUUCGGAAAAUGAGAGAAAUACGAGUUGUGAUCCUCUGCAUGCACUCAGCAUUGAUCGGCGGCGAGCUUCAGAAGCACUUUUUGGAGACGGCCUACGACAUGCGGAUGAUUGACGGCUCCCUGGUGCUGGUGCCCUACGACACGCUCCUCUACAGCCUGCCCUUCCGGAAUGUAAGCUACCCAGCGUUGAGGAGCAAUCGCAAACUGCUGCGGGCCUACGACGCCAUGCUCACCGUCACCGUCGACUCGCCCCGGGUGUCAUUUACGGAAGCUUACGCGGAAGCCGUGGAGAAGGGCGAGCUGGCGAGGACGAUCAAACCCCAGCAGGUGUCUCCUCUUUUCGGGACUAUCUACAACUCGGUGGUUCUCGUCGCUCACGCCGUGCAGCGUGUUGUCCUCUCCAAGGAGUGGAUGUCCGGUGGGAAUAUGGCGCAGCAAGUGCGCAACCGCAAUUUUGAGGGCUUCAGCCAUCCCGUGAAAUCGGAUUCUUCCGGAAACGUGUUCUUGGACUACAUCGUGCUGGACACAGACGGACUCACCUGUGAGCUGACACCAACACACAGACUCGACAUGGAGGCCGACUCGGUGAACUUCCUGGGUCGAGACAUUCACUUUCCUCGCGGCUCGGGACCCGAACGGGACCUCCCGUGCUGGUUCACCCCAGGGGUCAUCUGCUCAGGGGGUGUGGAUCUUCUUUCCACCUUUAGCAUUGCGCUAGGAGCCGUCGCCGCCUGUGUGCUAGUCGCUGUGCUGAUUUACUUUGUCCGGCGACGCAUCAACCAGAUUCGCCUGCUCAGGGGUCCGAACAAAAUCCUGCUGACUCUAGCGGAUGUUACCUUUAUCAACCCCUCACUUAGCAACAAGAAGCUCAACGUGGAGGACAGCAGAGCCAGCUGCGCCAAGAGCGUGUCGGAAUGCAGCGUCACGUCCUCCAUCCAAUCACCCGCCACGUACGAGAACUCCAAUGUUGUCAUUUUUGAGGGGGACUGGGCGUGGCUCAAGAGACUUCCCUACGGCUCGUUUAGCAGCAUCAACCCCAAAACGAGCGACUUGUUUGAGCUGAUGAAGGACAUGCGACACGAGAACAUCAACCUUUUCCUGGGCUUCUUCCUCGACUGCGGCGUGUUUGCCAUCGUGACGGAGUUCUGCUCCAGAGGAAGCCUGGAAGAUUUGCUCCUGAAUGACGACGUCAAGCUGGACUGGAUGUUCAAGUCCUCCCUGCUCCUGGAUUUAAUCAAGGGUAUGAAGUACCUCCACCACUGCGGCGUGUCUCACUCCCAUCUGAAGUCUCGCAACUGUGUGGUGGACGGACGCUUUGUGCUGAAGAUCACAGACUACGGCUACAAUGAGGUUCUGGAGGCUCAGAGGUUCCCGUACGUGGAACCACCUGCAGAUGAGUUGCUGUGGACAGCUCCGGAAUUGCUCCGAGGCCCUCACCCGGGCCUCCACGGGACGAUGGCCGGCGACGUGUACAGCUUCGCCAUCAUCACCCAGGAGGUGGUUAUCCGAGGGCCUCCGUUUUGCAUGCUGGAUCUGUCGGCAGCAGAUGUGAUCGCGAAGUUGCGCAAGCCGCCGCCUCUGUGUCGCCCGCUAGUUAGUUUGGACUGCGCUCCGUUAGAGUGCAUCCAACUGAUGAAACAAUGCUGGAACGAACAGGCGGAAAAGAGACCCACGUUUGAGGAGAUAUUUGACAAGUUCAAGGACAUCAACAAGGGCAAGAAGACCAACAUCAUCGACUCCAUGCUGCGGAUGCUGGAGCAGUACUCGUCCAACCUGGAGGAGCUGAUCCGAGAGCGGACCGAGGAGCUGGAGAUCGAGAAGCAGAAGACGGAGAAGCUCCUGACGCAGAUGCUGCCUCCAUCCGUGGCAGAAGCUCUGAAGAUCGGCGGGACGGUGGUGCCCGAGUAUUUCGACAGCGUGUCUCUCUACUUCAGCGACAUCGUGGGCUUCACCACCAUUUCGGCCAACAGCCAGCCAAUCGAGGUGGUCCACCUGCUCAACAGCCUCUACACGCUUUUCGACGCCAUCAUCGGCAACCACGACGUUUACAAGGUGGAGACGAUUGGCGACGCCUACAUGGUGGCGUCGGGCGUGCCCGUUCCUAACGGUAACCGGCACGUGGCGGAGAUUGCUAACAUGUCCCUCGACAUCCUGAGCGCAGUGGGAACCUUCAAGAUGAGGCACAUGCCCGACGUUCCCGUCAGGAUCCGCAUCGGACUGCACACAGGUCCCUGCGUAGCAGGAGUGGUCGGUCUCACGAUGCCGCGCUACUGUUUAUUCGGAGACACGGUGAACACCGCCUCUCGCAUGGAAUCCACCGGCAUGCCCUACAGGAUCCACGUGCACCACGACACAGUCAAAGUUCUGCGCGCGCUCAACCUGGGCUACAAGCUGGAGCUGAGGGGACGGAUGGAAGUGAAGGGGAAAGGAAUGGAAGAGACGUACUGGCUUGUUGGGAGGGACGGAUUCACCAAACCUCUUCCUGUACCUCCAGAGCUCAAAUCCGGCGUGGUCGCCAAAGAGCCAAAGAACCUGAAGCAAGUGUUGUACAAAGCGGUGAGGAAGAUCUCCCACAUCCGCGUCGUCACACAACUGUGCGAGGACGGCAGCGUCAUGAUGGAGCAUCACUGAGCGCUUGUCCGCAGGCUGUGGUGGCACCUCAGGUUGAAUUCCCGGGUCAAACGUUUUCUCUGUGAACAUUCAGGCCAAAAUUGGGAUUAGCGUCAACCGAGUUGAGGAGACGCGGUCUUGCCCGCUGCUAUGAAUAGAAGAAGAGCGACUCAGCAAAGCGGGGAUCUGCAGACACAACAAGUGAUGAACGCAGCUUAUCGCCUUUCCUCUGGAAAACAAGUAAGGGGAAAAGGACUGAAUCAAAAAUUUCAUUUUGAUCUGACAAAAUACAAGCCACGUCAGAAAUUCAUGUAAAAAAAAAGUAUAGAUAAGAUAGUGUCUUUAGCGGCUGAUACUAAACGGUUUGCUUCACUUGUAGAUUUGUUCGUGUUGAGGAUUAUCUUUGCUGAUCCUCCCAAUUUGUGUCUCGAUAUGUGUGUGCUUCCUGCAGAUGGCGCUCUUGAA